UAUUACUCUAUUGAUUGAGGAAAGACAUAAAUUUUUGAGAGGUCGACACACUCUGCCUAGUAAAAUUCCCACUCCCGCUUGUAAUUAUCGAUGAAAGUAGUCACAACAUACGAACAUACCAAAAAUGAUUUGCGUUAUACUAAAAGUCCUUUGCUUGCUUGUUCUGACCAAUACAUCGAGUGGGAUUUCAAGCCCUGAAUCGACUUCAUACGUUGCUGGAGUUGUGGAAUACCAAGUCGAUCAAGGUUUAACGACCGAUGAACUGUACUGGACCAGUGAUCAAAUGUUCCAAUUCAAUACUGAAAAGUACAUCGCCAUUCUCCAUUCCGUUGAAGCGACGAAUGUCGACAUACUCGUGUUCCCGGAAAAUACUUUAAACCGCCAGGCCACGGCAGUAAUCAUACCGAAAGAAAACGAAUUCGAUUUGGAUCUGUGUACGAACACCACGUACAAUGACAACCUUCGGAAUAUCGCCUGUGCAGCGAAGAGCUUGAGAAAGUACGUUGUCAUCAACCUAACAACCAAAUGGCAAUGUACUGGAAACGAAGCAGAACAACAGUGCACAGACGGAUGGGAGCUGUACAAUACUAAUGUUGUAUUCAACCGUGACGGUGUGGUUAUUUCCAUUUAUCGCAAGUAUAACUUGUUUGGUGAACUCGGCAUUACCCGACCCAGCGCUAUUGAAUUGAAAACAUUCGACACAGACUUUGGAGUGAGAUUCGGUCAUUUCGUCUGCUUCGAUUUGAUGUUUGAGUCGCCAGGUGUGAAGCUUGUGAGGGACGGUGUUAAAAACAUUGUUUUCCCGACACGAUGGUAUUCAGAGCUACCAUUCAUUACCGCAAUUCAAAUGCAACAAAAUUGGGCCCAUGUGAACGACGUGAACUUUCUAGCAGCUGGUGCUAAUUUACCCAUUCUCGGUACAACCGGAAGCGGAAUCUAUUCCGGAAAACUGGGUACGUUAACAUCAAUAAUGACUGGAGAUAACACAACGAAAUUGUUGGUGCAUGAGGUCCCUAAGGUGCCCGGUGAUCCAGUGGAACCUGUUGAUCAAAUUUAUUUUGGCUCACAUUUCGAUGACCUGACAUUGUAUCAAGAUGAAUUUGAUGGCUAUGCUUAUUCGAGAAUCAAUCCGUCAACCUCUGAACCGCAAAUUGACGAACUAUGCAGUACAUUCAAAGAGGAGCGACUGUGCUGUCGAUUUAACACGACUGUUAAAUAUACGCAAAAUGAAUCUAUGAAGUAUGAGUACAUGGCAGUAGUAUAUAACGGGUGGCGACAUUUCAAUCACUAUACCUAUGAAGGUGUUAAGAUAUGUGCAAUAGUUGCAUGUGAAAACGAACAUAUUCUCAGCUGUGGAAAGAGACUUAAUAAUUCAGCCGAAGUGUCCCGCAUCACUUUCGUUAAUGUUUCAAUAGAAGGAAAUUUCUCCUCCGAUGCAUCAUCUGCAUUGACGAUGCCAACAUCUCUGGAUUUUAAUAUCUCUUCCCUGCCCACCACUCAGUUUGCAUUUCAGGAAACCCAGGACGAGUUCCGGAUGGAUUUGAUAGGAGAGAGUUCCGAGCUACUAGCAUUUGGCAUAUUUGCGCGUGAUUUUCGAUACAGUACUAAGGAGAAUCCUAACGGUUCGGAUGCUGUAGUAGUGUCCAGCUCAUUAAUAUUUUUGUCAUUAAUUUGUGUACUUUUGCAGUGGAAUUGAUGAAGAAAAUUAUUUUGAAAGAU